AUGUCGUAUCACAUCGGCCAGUUUCCAGGCCAGUCUGAUGCCCAGCAAUCUCAGAUGGCUCAAGAAAACUUUGCCCCCUAUCACCCAGGCCCUCUCUCUUCCAACCCGCCGUUCGGGAUCCCUUCUUUCCGACCUCAGCCUAGUCGACCUCAAAACGCUGCUAGUUCGCACAACCCCGAGUCUGCUUCUCUUGCUAACUCAAACUCGUGGAUGCCUUCAGCUCACCAGGCUCUCAACAACGCCCUCCAAGCGAGUGGGUUUGGCGAGGAACAGAAUGGUAUGGGAGCAAUGGCCACGCUCCCUCCUAAUGGUAAUCCUGUGCCUAGUAUUCUUGAACCACCCGUUGCGCCCCCAAACAGCCCUGUACAGGGUGUUCCUGGCACCGUUGUACCGUGCAUGCCGCUCGACACUGGUGCUCUGGCCCCUUAG